GCUGUCAAAUACAAAACUAUUGUUUAUUUUAUUUUAUUAAUAAAUAAUAAACAAUAGAAAGUUUUAAACCAUGUCAACACGGGAAAUAUUAACUAUUCAAUUUGGCCAUUAUUCAAAUUAUAUCGGAACACACUGGUGGAAUUUGCAAGAAACAAAUUUUUCCUACGAUCCGGAUAAUCCUUCAGAAAUUAAUCACGAUGUUUUAUAUCGAGAAGGAGAAACACGUCAGAAACAAAUUACGUAUACACCGAGACUUUUAUUGGUCGAUUUAAAAGGAAGUUUGGGUUAUUUAAACGAAAAUGGAACAUUAUAUGAAAAUUCAUCAAAAGACAAGGAUAUUCUUUGGUACGACGAGAAUGUUCAAAUUUCAGAAGAACCAGAGGCAUCGAAAUCGUCAUUUAUUAAAGAUUUAGAUCAUCCUACAAGAAAUAAUGAAGAAACAGAAAAAAGUAUUGAGAUUGAAAACAAUGUAAAUAAAUGGGUUGACUAUCUAGUUCCUCGUUUUCAUCCAAGGACGGUUAAUGUAGUCAAACAAUAUACCCACGAAUCACCAAAUCAGCCAUUCGAUGUAUUUAAUUAUGGACGAAACGUGUGGAGUACAGAAUCAUUUUCAGAGGAUUUUACCGACAAGAUCAGAAAUUACGUCGAGGAAUGCGAUUUAAUUCAAGGAUUUCAGGUGAUUCUCGAUUCUACGGAUGGUUUUGCCGGAUUGGGCUCAUCGUGUAUUCAAUAUUUACGUGACGAAUAUGGAAAAAGUAUUCUAUCGUUUCCAACAUUUGAGGGAACAAAUAUUGAGGCAUCGGCUGCUGAUUUAAUAAAAAUUGUUAAUACCGUUUUAUGUUAUCAACAAAUUGGAGAAAAUUCAUCACUAUUCAGUCCCCUGGGUUGUAGGGAGGAAAUUUUUCCCAAAACGGGUAAAUUUCGAAAAUUUCAAUAUUUAGACUAUGAUCCACAAUUAAAGUAUCAUAGUGCAGCAAUUUUGGCAACGGCCCUCGAUACAUUGACAUUGAGAUAUCGUCAGAAAAAAUUUCCAAUGUCUGCACUGUCGGAUCUUUGCGCUGAUAUGAAUAAAUUAGGUCGAAAAGCGGCAGCAAUGAGUUUAAAUCUACCAUUUCCAAUGACAGUGGAACGUGAUUUAAUUGAUAUUUUGGAUGAUUUGGAAGAACCAUUGUGGACGAGUUUAACGCCAUAUUGUGAAAUAUCAACAGACAAAAAUUAUCAAAGUAUUUCAUUGAGAGGUGUACCUGAGAAUAGAUUAAAAAGACCAUUAAAUGAAGCACAAAAUCAAUUAUCAAAAGCGGCUUAUAAAUGUUCAACAGUCCAUGAAAUGAUGUCGUUAUUUUUUUCCUGUUCCUGUCACGCGUCGGCUACUUAUUUUACAAAUAUUAGCGCGCCAUUGACGACAAAACGUCCAUUCCCGAAAAUUUUUAACAAUCAAGUUAUGAAAAAUGGAAAUAUUUCAGAUACACCAAAUAAUGACGGUGUCGAAAGUAUAUCAGUUAUGGCUGGUCUACACAGUGGAAGUAGCUUGUCAAAUAUGUACGAAUCACUUUAUAAUCAAGCGAAAAAAGUGAGAACAAUUAAAAGAUUUCACGCUUUUGAAAAUUCGGGUCUCGAAAAUGACGAGUACAUGGAAAGUCUUAAUAAUUUAUUAGACUGCAAGGAGGCGUAUGAAGAUCAUUAUGUUUAAUUCCUAUUUAAAUUUCAGAAAUACUCAGGUUUUUAUAAAAUUUAAAUAUUUUUGUAUCGAAAAAUACAAAAUUAUAUAAAAUA